GAUUUUCAUUGGACAACCUUGCCUACUAUCGUCGUGGGUGUCCACUAGCAGCUUUUUUUGUCUUCUCCUUUUCCCUUCUUCUCCUUCUUAAUUUUAUCAUCUCUCCUUCUCUAUGUAUUGAUGCUAUAUAUUAUUCUCGUGUACAUAAAUAUAGUAAAUAUUUCAUGAGAGGGUUUCUCUUCUCUUCUCUUCUCCUCGCUUGUUUCUCUCUCUCCCCCUUUAACAGUAAUGAUUUUCUCGUUACGGGCAUCGUUGUUAAGGAAUCUGAGGAGUUGUGGUUGUGAAAAAGUGGCAGAUAAAGCAUUAGAAAAGCCACUAGUAGAAGAACAAGAGCAAGAAGAAGAAAAACGGACAGAAACAUAGAUAGGCACACGAGUGUUUUGUGCGCGUAGAAAAGAAAGAGUGCUUGUUUUGUUGAUUGAUGCGAUCAUCAUCAAAACAAACGGCUCUUUCUGGCUUUUUUUUAAUACCCUUCUCUUCCUAUUUCCCUCUUUAUUUGGUCUUUCUUGGGGGUGGUUGAUUUUUGCUCUGGUAACGAGUGUUUUGUUGAUUGAAGGGUAGUUCGUUUAUUGAAGUUCUCUUUUUUCCACCUUGUUUUGUUUGGUGCUUUUUUUUUUUGUAUUGGUUCUACUGUGUACAAUUUUUUGUAUCAUCAUGGCUCAAAAUAGGCCGUUUCAGAUGGCCGUGGGUGGUGGCAAUUCGAGGCACUACAAUGACACGACUUUUACCAAAAUCUUUGUUGGUGGUUUGGCCUGGGAGACACAGAGAGACACCAUGAGGCGUUAUUUUGAACAGUUUGGAGAGAUCCUGGAGGCUGUUGUUAUCACAGAUAAGAACACGGGAAGAUCCAAGGGCUAUGGCUUUGUUACAUUCCAGGAUCCGGAGGCAGCCGUGAGAGCUUGUCAAAACCCAUCGCCAGUGAUAGAUGGAAGGAGGGCAAACUGCAAUCUUGCGUCACUUGGUGGCCAAAGGAAUCGUCCACCAACUCCUCAACAUGGCACAGGACGGUUUAGACCAGUACAUGGAUUAGUGGCUCCACCUACUUUUCCUGGUUCCUCGGCUCCAUACAUCCACCAACCCUCUGGUCAAUACUCAUUUCCUUAUUCAGCUUAUGGGUACGCUGGAUAUUCACAGGAUGCCAUGUAUCCCUUGAGCUAUUACGGUGUUUACGGAGGACAACAAUUCUCACCUUACUAUACUACUGGAGGGGCAUCAGGAACACCAGGGAUGUUCCCACACAAUCCCUACCCAUUCUAUACUCAGUAUGCACAGAGUAGCCAAGCACAUGGUUUUGGAAUUCAAUAUCCCCAAAUGGUACAGUACCCUUAUUUACCUCAACAACAUGGAUCCACGGGAACCUUAUCACUUCCUUCUUCUAUUGCAAUGGCGACCACUACUGCAGGGGCAGCAGCCACAAUGACAACGACUACGACUACAACAGCAACAGCAACAGCAGUGGCAGCACCAACAGCAACUACAGUGGUGGUGGGAACAGGACCAGGUGCUUUGCAAGCCUCUGGAGCAGCUACUGAACAAAAUUCAUCAACCGAAUAAGUUUGGAACGUCAUUCAUUGUCCUCUCACAAGACGGACAACAUCCACAAAUCGCGGACCUAGAAAAAAUGAUUGGAAAAAAAAAGAAUAAGGAAAAUAUUCUUUCAAGUCACUGAUUGAAAAGGAGGAUUAUGCCUGAUCAUCAGCUAGCAUAGCAAUAGAAGGAUCCAAGAAUUCAGCAUAAGAUUGUUCCAUUUCAUGGAAAAAGGCAUCUGAGAUACAAAAGCCUCACUCCACUAACUCUUUUUUAUUAUUUAGGGCCCCCCCAAUAUUAUCAACUUCAUCGUUAUACAUGUUCCGUCUAGGACACUGGGGAGGCUCCAGUAGUUGUUAACAUUAAUUAGGAGGAGAGAUCAUAUUCAUUUUAUGUAUUAGCAUAAGGUGGAUCCAAUAUUGGCUUUGGAUUCUACCCCGGAUACUAAUCAGCAGAUUGUUAUGUCUUGGAAGCAGAGAGCAUCCGACAGCAUACUCUUGUUUAUAUUCGGCAGUAAUCAGGGUUUGAAGAUUGGUUUUAUAUCUUUGAACCCAUCUUGGUCAACAAGAAAGUUGGGCUAAGAACAACUCGGUCAUUAACUUGUACUUUUUUUGCUUGUUAAUUACUCAUGAUUGAUUACUUUUUUA